GGUGCCGCUUUCCGCCGCGCGCAAGCGCCGUGACGACACGGUCCCGCCUGACCGCGGGUCAGGGGCAGCAACAUGGCUGCGCCCGUGUGCGCGUCCGGGGCGCGUCCGGAGCAGGGGAUCUAGCCCCGUUCCGCGGCGGGGGGGUAGCCGGUUCGUGCUGCGCUGUGUGCCCGCCCCGUACCGCCACCCCUGCAUGGAGCCGCGGGAGUCCUGGGCGGCCUUGGCGGCUGGUGGAGUUGCUGGUGUCUGUGUUGACUUGAUCCUUUUUCCUUUGGAUACUGUAAAAACAAGACUGCAGAGUCCUCAAGGCUUUAGGAAGGCUGGUGGUUUUCGUGGCAUCUAUGCUGGUGUUCCUUCUACUGCUAUAGGAUCAUUUCCAAAUGCUGCUGCGUUUUUUGUCACCUAUGAGAAUGUGAAAUCCAUGCUGCACCAUGGCUCUGCAUCCUGCUUGGCUCCAGCAACACACAUGGUGGCUGCCUCCCUCGCAGAAGUGGUUGCCUGCCUCAUACGGGUUCCAUCCGAGGUAGUCAAACAAAGGGCCCAGGUUUCUCCUUCCUCGAGUACCCUCCAGAUUCUCUCCCGCACCUUGUAUCAUGAGGGUAUUCAAGGACUUUAUCGGGGUUACAAAAGCACAGUAUUAAGAGAGAUUCCUUUCUCUCUGGUACAAUUUCCCCUCUGGGAGUCCUUAAAGGAUCUCUGGUCAUGGAAGCAGGGUCACGUGGUGGAUUCUUGGCAGUCAGCAGUCUGUGGAGCUUUUGCAGGUGGAUUUGCAGCUGCAGUCACCACACCUCUCGAUGUAGCAAAGACCAGAAUUAUGUUGGCAAAGGCUGGUUCCAGCAAUGCUAGUGGGAAUGUUCUGGCUGCACUUGGUAGCAUCUGGAGGACACAAGGUUUGUCGGGCUUGUUUGCAGGUGUUGUCCCACGGAUGGCAGGAAUCAGCCUGGGAGGCUUCAUCUUCCUGGGGACAUAUGAGAAGACUCGGCAGCUGCUGCUCUGACACAGGCAUGUCCUGCUGGAGAGGAUGCUGAGGAGUUCACCCAUGGAUACAGCUUUCUUCCCGCAGCCCCUUACCCGUGCUGCAGCAGCUGUUGAGCUGCUUUCACUGCUACAGAAGAGUAAAUCCUCCAAUAAUCCAACUUCCCAAAUGAGGAAUUUUCCUGCAUGGAAAGCAAGUGAGGUCACUGCGAGAGUCCUGCCAAAAUAGUGGUGUUUGGGGAGGGGUAUCAACAGCCAAUUACAGUGGCUGAGAGCACUGCUGUGAGAACUCUUGCAGGGAGAGGGGUUUGUGAGCAUGGAGGCUGAAAUAAAGCGAGUUUUCAUCA